AUGAAUAAGAAGGCCUUUAAGGUCUUUAAGUGUCCAGAGUAUGAGGAGGCGCCUGAGUCGCGUACGAAUCGAGAUCCAAGCGAACAGGCACUGAUCGCUUCCAGAUCUACGCGGCGGCGAUCUCGCUCUCGUGAUCGAAAACGUCCUAGUAGUUCUGAGCGCAAACACGAGGAGAAGCGCCCUCGUCCUACUCGAUGUGGGCAUCACCUUCGUCAUCACCACUGCACAAAGCAUCGCAAAAGAUGCCCAGACAAAGGAAAACAAGCACGUGAAGCGAAGGAAGCCGAGAUGCAAGUCGCUACCAACGAAAAGGACGACAAGGCCAAGGAGUCAGAAAACACGACACCGAAGAAUUAG